AUGAGGGCCGAGGCGAGCCAGCGAGAUCCUGAUAAAUACUGCCAGUAUCAUCGUACAUACGGCCACAACACCAACAACUGCUAUCAGCUGAUCAGCGAAAUUGAGGUGUUGAUAAAGAGGGGACACCUCAGGAAUUUCGUGAAAAAACCAGAGGGAGAAAGGCAUCAGCUGAACCCUACAGCAGAGAGACCCCGGAGGACGGGAGCAGGACCGGUGAAUGAUGGUUCCAGCGGAACCAUCAACAUGAUUGUGGGGGGAACUGGAGUGACAAUCUCCUUCUCUCCGGAGGAUGCCCAGGGCGUUCAAAUGCCUCACAAUGACGCUCUUGUUAUCGAGGCCGUCAUCCAUAACUACCGAGUUAGGAAGGUUCUCGUCGACAAUGGAAGCAAGGUGAACUUGUUGCCGUAG